UCAAUCAGAGUCAGGGAUCAAGCAGGAUCAGACAGGAAGCAGACAAGAUGCAGGUACAGGGGCUCUUGGGAAACAUACACCAAGGCCCUGAUCACAGGCCUGGCCAUUCCUUAAAUACACCUGUUGUAAUCAGCUUCAGGUGAUGGCUCAUUGUAGGAGUGAGCCUCUGGUUGCUGAGAGCACCCGCUGGCCAGCCCUGGUACUGCAGCCCACAAGGCAGGUGAGUCCCACCACUAUUGGCGAGUCCACCUCCUGCAAUCAGCCCAGGUGUUGGCUAACUACAGGAGUGAGCUUCUGGCUGCUGAGAGCACCCGCUGGUCAGCCCUGGUACUGCAGCCCACACGGCAGGUGAGUCCCACCACCAGUGCUGAGUCCAUUCCUGACA